UCACAUCUGUUCAUUUUCUUUGUGUUUUUGAACCUGUCCAGCAUUAGUGUGUGGAUGUGUAAGUGUGAAGAUACAGUUUUUUAGAAAUGGAAUAUACCACACAAGGCCUUGGAAACACAAAGAUGAAGAAACACAAUCAAGAUGCUGCAGUAGGUACGCCCAACAUAACCAUGCCAGCGAAGACCCCACACUCAGGAGGUGUCCGUCCUGACUGGAUUUUGUACACGGUUCCUUCUUUUGCCUUUGUGCUGGGACUGCUGCUGUUCUCACUAGUCUGUAAAACACAGAGUCACAGAAAAAGAAGACGGUUUUCAGCUAUGAAGAGACAAAUGAAUGGAACCACAGCAAGACAGACUGAUAAAGGCCCAGGAUGUCCUGAACCUUUUGUGGACAAACAAUCUAAUCUUGAAAAACAAGAGGCCCAGUCCUAUGAGAAUGUUACUGCAGCCAUAUACAGCAAUCAGGAUAAAGUGACAUAUUAUGUAACUCCAGAUGAAGACUACAUUACCCCUGAUGCAGUGGGAGAUGCAGGGGCAGUACAUGGGCAGAAUCAGAAUGAUCGACUUCAGACUCCUCAUACCUUAACAGAUACUGAUGGGGAGUCAUAUGAGAACAUGGAGGGGUGUGUGUAUUCUCGACCUCGCAGAAACGCACUCAAGCGCACAAUCGCUGUUGACGACGAUGAUUACAUAGACCCUGUUGAAAACCAGAAAUCAAAUCUGGAACAGACUGACACAGAGUCCUAUGAGAAUAUGUUUAACUCCAUGUCCCCCUACGGAGCAAACCCAACUGCACACAGCAGCACACACUCCAUAGAUGAUGAGUCGUACGUGCGCAUGGACAGCAUCUAGGACCCUGAGGGCACAUUGAAGAGACACAGGGACAAGUGGUGCCUCAGACAGUAGACAGUAUGAAGCAGAGCGGACAGGACAGAUCAGCUGGACGUGAUGGUGGGGGGUUAAAAAGAUCCUGACUGUAAGCGUUUGAGCACAAAAGCUGAUUUGGGGAAUGUAAAUAUUUCAACAUUGUUUAAUAAGCAGAUUGUGAGAAGAUCUGCUUCAGGAGGAAAAGCUGUGAUUCACCGAAGGACUGAACAGGAAAAUAAAGUUUCAUUACACCCUCAGUCACUGUAAAUUAUAUGUAAUUAGAACAUAGUCCACAUCUGUUGCUCAGCCG